CGUUCAAUUAUCCAAAGCGAGGCGACCAAAGUGCAAAAUUUUUGGCCGUAGAUCAAUUCGGCAGCCGUAAGCAGUAUUCAAUUAUAAAACCCAAUGGAAUCGGUGGAUUCGAUCAUCAGUUUGCAACACAGCGUCAGUGCAGUUACAUAGUAUUUCCAACGACUUCGGAAGGAAUCCAUCCAACUCAACCGGAACCAUGAACAAGCUCAUCAUCUUGGCUCUCUUCGCCGUGGCCGCCGCCAGCGCCAUGCCAAACUACCCACCCCCACCACCGAAGCCAUACCACGCUCCACCCCCACCACCACACCACGCUCACCCACCACCACCACCACCACCAGCCCACUACGGACACCACGCUCAUCCCGCUCCAGUGGUUCACACCUAUCCAGUGCACGCCCCACACGCCAAGUGCGGUGCCAACCUGCUGGUCGGAUGCGCUCCCAGCGUGGCUCACGUCCCAUGCCUUCCAGUGCACGGACAUGGACACGGAUACGCACCAGCCCCACACUACCGGGCACCGGAAUCCGGCUCGUUCGAUCAGUUCGAGGAAUAGGAUGGACGAUAAGUGAUUAGUUCAACUGAUGCAUUUUUAGUUUAUAAGUUCAACCAAUGAAUAAAUUUUAUUUAUU